CUACUGCAGCUGAAAUAAAGACAAUGGCACUAAUUAACACAAGCCACCCUGAGGAAUUUAUUCUACUAGGCUUCACUGACCGCCCUUGGACGGAGAAACCUGUCUUUGUUAUUCUUCUGAUAACAUACCCUAUGGCCAUGAUGGGAAACAUCGCCAUCAUUCUGGUGUCCAAGUUAGACCCCAGGCUCCACAGCCCCAUGUAUUUCUUCCUCACCAACCUCUCCUUUUUGGACAUGUGUUAUACCACAAGCAUUGUCCCUCAGAUGCUGGUUAACCUGGGAAGCUCUAAAAAGACCAUCAGUUACAUGGGCUGUACAGUUCAGUUAUAUUUCUUUCACACAAUGGGUGGCACAGAAUGUCUGCUCUUGGCUGCUAUGUCCUUGGAUCGCUAUGUGGCCAUCUGCAGGCCACUUCACUACACCCUAAACAUGAAUUGGCGAAUCUGUGUCCUACUAGUAUCCAUUGUGUGGCUGAGUGGAAUCAUCUCUGCUGUCUCAGAUGCUGCGGUUACAUUACAGUUACCACUCUGUGGUCUCAACAAACUGGAUCACUUGUGUGAGAUUUCUGCUCUGAUAAAGAUUGCCUGUGGUGAAAAGAGUACUAAUGAGCUCACACUCUUUGUGGUGUGCAUUUUUAUAUUAGCUGUUCCACUCUGCCUAAUUCUUGCUUCCUAUGCUUGUAUUGGGCAUGUUAUGCUGAAGAUUAAGUCUUCGGAGGGAAGGAAAAAGGCCUUUGGGACAUGUUCUUCACAUCUCAUAGUAGUUUUAUUAUCUUAUGGCCCAGGCAUUAGCAUGUACCUUCAGCCUGCCUCUUCCAUCACAGGGGACCAGCCCAAGUUCAUGGCUCUCUUCUAUGCAGUGGUGACACCUACACUCAACCCCUUCAUCUACGCCCUUAGGAAUAAGGAUGUGAAGGGGGCAUUAGGUAACCUGAUGAGGAGGGUUUUCAGUUCCAAGUGAAAGAUGGUAGAUAUCAAAUGAAAUUAUUUACCUAUUUUUAUAUAUAUAAUAAUUGCAGUAGGUUUAUUCAAAAUUUCUGUAAUAAUGCAUUCUUGUCCCUGUUGUAGGGGAAAAAAAUCUCCAACUUUAGU